AUGAAAGCCCCUAGCUUUCGGAGCGGACUUGUGGCGCUGCUUUGGCUGUGCGCGGUGAGCAUGUGUCGCGUGCAGGUGCUCGGCGCGCGCAAUUAGAUGCCCCAGCCAGGCAUAAUGCAAUCCUUGCUACCAUACCGACCAGUCUGUCGCGACGGGAAUUUCUUAACGGGCCCAGCGAGGGAGCGGGGAGACUAGUUCCGCGAGCGGUUUGGCGAUUGGACCGGCAGCGCACAGCGCAGCGCCGCUAAGAAAUUCCCGACCGCAAAAGUUCUAACUAGACCUCACGUAAGGCUUGUUUGCCGGGUCGGAAGAGCAAUAACGAGCGAUUGCGCGACAGGGUUCUUGUGCGGGAGCAUCGCACCAUGUCGACUGGCUGGUAGGGCCGUAUUUUCACAUGCCAGCGGCCGCCCAUCUGUUGUAUGCGGUCUCUCAAGCACACAGACGCGGCGUGCCUGAAUCUGGCGCGUCCUGGAGCUGCCCCGGCGCGCGCGCAUGGAACCGCUGAUGUCCGCUCUUGUCCGGGCUGGCCGAUAUAAUUCCGACAGCUCCAAAAGUUCUAUCUAGGGCAUAUGGGUUGGGCGCAGCCCAAGUUUGCAGCCCAAACGGCGCGCAUAUGUGGACGCAAUUCGUGUGCGGGAAUUCGCAUGUUUCGCGCCCGGUCCCGGCCUGCACGUUUUUCGCGUACCCGCGCCUCGGAUGUCCUACCCGGUGUCAUACAUAUGCUCGCUUACAACCAGCUCCGGUGGCUGCAGCAGCUACUGAUCGACAAGUACGUACACGCCAGUCUACAAUCGCUUGUGCGGCACCUGAAGAUCAUGGCAGAUAAAGACGUGGCGGACCAACAGGCGCUACGAGAGGCACGCAAAGCUGAUGCCGCACGCGCAGCGCAGGAGGCAAAGAAGCAGAAAGCAGCAGCACCAGUAGCCGUGGAGCCUAUGAUCGGUGCUAUGGCUGCCACUACCGCUGCGGACAACGACACACUGCAAACAGCAGCGCCCCCGUUGAAGCGUGGACGCGGCAGGCCACGCAAGAACCCUGCCGUCACACUGCUACAGCCGCCCCCUCUGCCGGUGCAGACAGCAGCGGAAGCAGCAGCAGUGACAGCAAUUCAUCCACUCGCUGACAUCUCAGCAUUCUUGCCACUGGCGGACACACAGCAAGGGGGCGCAUUUAUGACCGCAGCGGGUGGUAUGAUGCAGCAGGCACUACCAUAUCUUCCUGCAACGAACCUGCUAGCUCCUUCUGCCUUCUCCCAGCUACAGCAGCCUAUGUGGCCAUCAGCACUGCCCACGCAGCCAGCCGCACCCUUUUUCUUGGAUGGUACCUUUGCCGGCACAACCCUGGAGCCGCCAGGUAGCGCCUUCCAGGUACCACAGCAUACAGCAAUGGCUAACGCAACAGCAGGCACCUGGUACCACGGAGGCCCCGUGGCAGGAGGCGCACUGCUGGGUGUGGCAGAGGCGGCGGCAGUCAUGGGUGCUACUUCCAUGCGCGGAGUGGCCACGCGGACAGAAGACCCAGACACGUCAAUGACGGAAAUCUUUGGCUACACCAUGCAGCAACAGGAGCAGCAGCAGCCCCGGCGCACCCGCACGGGCUUGGGCGACAUCACCAACCUGCUGCCUCUGCAGCAGCAGGCGUUGCAGCCACGCCAAGCUAAGCGUGCGCGCGCAUAGUAGUAGCGUACGUGUAGAUGGCACGCAUGCGCAUGCAUGCCCACAGUGCUAGCUAAAUGCAUUCUUCCAUGAACAAUUAAGCAUUAAUUGAUGCACUCGUAAGAAAGAAUGGCUUAGCGUGGAGGCAUGGGAGAUCAGGCUGCGCGCGCGGCUGCGUGCUAGCUGAUGAGGCGUGACGAGGAGGUUCCUACCUGCCUAAGCGGUUUAUACACCGACAAGGCGUGCGGCCAACAUGCAUGUAACAAAAUGUGUUCGAUAAUAUGUCGGCCACGAGGCAGAACCGGGUUGCGUGGCCCAACGCGGCAAGGGAACGUGUCGGGGAGCUCGGGGAAGGCCAAGCGCCGCGGCAGCUGUGUGCCCGUGGCACCCAGCCCGGAGACUUACUUGGCAGACCCUUGUGCUCGCCCGCACGCCCCGGCACGCGCCAGUUAUAGUAUCCAUAUGUUAUAAGGAGACAGAUAGGGCCGGCGCUUGCCCCCAGAGCACCACUUGUGCCCUGGUCUACAUCAUUUUGUCAGAGCAUGCGCGCCAUCUUCCUUACGUUUGCCCGUUUUUGCAAUCUAGCGCGCAGGAGUUGUAGUUUAUAUCGUUGCAAGACCCAGUGCCGGGCGUCAUUUGUAAAAACAAGCGCGG